GUUUCAUUCUAUCUUUUGAACAAUCUGUUUCUGUAGUAUCUCUGAGUAGUAGUACACUGAGGAUUGUACAGUGUUUCUCUUCAUUCUUUAGAAAAAUGAUUUCCAUGGCCCUAUCCAAAUUUUAUUAUGCGAUUGAAAUUGCCCGGUUGAGAGUCUAAUCAAGACCCGAGGCUAUCACUUGAAGUCUAUUGCGAUUUAGAGACACUAUGUUGGGUGUGGGUUGAAUGAACCGUCCCGUUUCUUGCCCAGAUCUCGGACGUGCAACGGCGCAAUUAUCUGUUAUUAAGAUUGCCGGCAAUAAGUCCAUCCAUAGUGCAAUUGUCUGUUGCGUGCUAUCAGAUUUCUGGAUGUACCUCUACCUAUCUCCAACGGCAUUCAGAAUUGUAGAAGCAUGAUAAUGGACAGAGUAGGAUCUAUCCACACAACCACGAAGUAGAGACAUCUUUUAAGCUCAGGGUUUGGUUUUCGUAUGUUAAAUUGCAUCAAUCUGAGACUGCCACUGCGACAAUAAAGGAGUAUUUGCUUUGCUCACAUGUGCUCAUACAAACCAUAAAGAACGAUCAGCUCAAGGAAAGGUUCGGACAAGUAAAGACUGGAUUUCCAAAUGUGCUACUUUUACGCUGUAUGACGCUCUUAUCAAAUUCCCCAAAAAGUUUAGGCAAUUGGCUAAUGGCGGACAAAAGCGCCACUUGACGCUGUAGACCGCAUCAUAAUCAAGUUUCAAGCAAGGCCUAAUGUUUCUCCUAACCUACAUCAAAAUGACUCUUUUAUGAUGGAUCACAUAAACGCGGCACACCAUUCUGGCCACUCCGAUAUUCCGCUCCGCACGGGUAUACCAUAAAAGAGGUUGUUAGAGUAAUGAUCUUCUGAUUAUGCCGCCUGUCGAUAUCGCCGCAUUUGGGUCUCCGAAGACAACGUACGAAGUAUCCUCAUUUUGACGCUAGUCUUGGUCAGUUACAGUCUUGUGGUGAAAAUGUCGUUAGUUGGGCAAGGUCGCGGUCGCGCUCGCGGACAAUACCGAAAUGAAUACAUCGCGGCAUUGGCUGCUACUUCAUCGCUUGUGGCAUCGGUUGCUUGUGCGGGAUGGUCCUCACCAGCGCUACCUGUGCUGCGAGGUUCAAACUCCCCGAUUCCGGUUACACCGGACGAAGGCUCCUGGAUUGUUUCACUACUCUCGAUCGGAUCCAUGUUUGGACCAAUAAUCUGUGGACUGUUUGUCGACCGGUAUGGAAGACGGCCGGUGCUAUUGUUCAGUGCGAUCCCCUUAGUGGCCGGAUGGUUAUUUAUUGUCUUCGCCGAGUCCGUUGGUAUGCUGUACACCGCUCGGUUAUUGCACGGAAUCGGAUAUGGAUUAGCGUACUCCGUCACUCCGAUCUAUCUGGGUGAGAUAUCGUCCGACGCAGUGCGAGGAUCUACUGGUGUGCUUGUGACAGUGAUGGCCAAGUUGGCUUUCCUAUUUGAAUACUCCGUCGGACCAUACGUUGGGUUCCGUGCGCUGGCCUGGAUUUCGCUAUCGCUUCCAGUUGGUUUCUUUGUGUUGUUUUUCUGGAUGCCCGAAACACCGUACUACCUGCUAGCGCGAGGGAAUAAAAAGGCUGCUGGUCAAAGCCUGCGCUGGUUACGGCGUAGCACAGCUAUCGACGAGGAACUAAGCCGAAUGGAGAAACUUGUGGAGGAUAGUAAACAGAAGGGUAAUCCAUUAAAGCAACUACUGCUGACAUCCACGAAUAAGAAGAGCCUCAUCAUCAUCCUACUGCUUUCGCUCGGAAUGCAGUUGACCGGUAUCAACGCCAUUCUUGGAUACUCUCAGACGAUCUUUUCCCGAUUGGCUCUUCCAUUAACUGCCGCCGAGCUAUCCAUUGUGCUGGCCCUGGUACAGCUUGCCUCCGUCAUGCUACCGACAUUUCUCGUCGACCGUGCAGGACGUCGCCCAUUGCUACUCGCCUCCACAGCUGGUUCUUUCGUUGGGCUGGCCAUGUGUGCCGUGUACUUUACGCUUGAUGAAACCACCAACGAUAUUCUCUCACCCGAACCGGGAGCGGCACAUGGAUGGAUCCCGUUCGGAGGUGUGCUACUCUUCAUUAUUUCGUUCGCCAUCGGUUUGGCCACCGUCCCAUUCGCCAUUUUGGGUGAAGUGUUCCCGAAACAUAUUAAGGCAGCAGCAAACUCCGUAUUUGCGGUGAUCACUUCUGCGGUGGUGUUUUCCGUAGUCAAGCUGUUCCAAGUGAUUUCAGACGGUUCGGGAACGUAUGUUUCCUUCUGGAUCUUUACCGGAUGCACAGCCGUAACGGGCGUUUUGAUUUACAUCGUUAUCCCGGAAACGAAAGGCCAAUCGUUUGAGCGUAUUCAGGAGAUGAUGCAACGUGGUAAGACUAAUCAGACUUUUCGGAAAGGUGAUAAUGGUGUAAAGACAAGGCCUCUGUUGUGUUGA